UCCAUCUGCAGACUGCUGAUCAUGUUGAGGCACCACCUUCUGCCUUUUGUCUCUUCCAGCCGGUGGACAGAAGCUCCCACCAAAUGCUGACAUGAACUGACAUGAACACAUAAAUCCAAAGAGGGAUAUACUGGGAGCAGUGGAGAGGAUUUACACUAAAUGUACAGCCGAAACCGUCCACAGUGAUGGAGUCCCCAGAGUUUUCUCUGUUGUCGUCCUUGAGGGGAGAGUUUAAAUCAGAGGAUUACAUCCAACCUCACUACAGGGAGCCCUAUCGUCUGGCCAUCGAUUGCCUGGUGAAAGGCGGCAGAGACAGUUACCAGGAGUUCCUGAAGGCAGAACGUUUAGGGAGCUUCCUCUCAGAGGAAGAGCUUCUCUUCAUCACUAAAAAUGCAGAGCAGCUCCCACCUCAAAACCAUUUGGAGGAAGUCAACGGUUCAGCUGACACCCAGUCGUCCUCAGGGACGUACUGGCCCCUCCACUCGGAUGUGGAGACGCCAGAUUUGGACUUGGGGUGGCCGGAGGUGAUGCAUGAUAGACUGCAGACAAACAUAGAUCUGCUCUUUCAUCCCGCAAGACAAAACAGCCCCACCAUCAAGGAAGUGGUGCGGAAGAAUAUUCAGGAGGCAAGAAAGGUCGUUGCCAUCGUGAUGGACAAGUUCACCGAUGUGGAUAUAUUCAAAGAAGUUGUCGAUGCCUCUAUACGAGGAGUCCCCGUCUACGUGCUUUUGGAUGAUUUCCAUCUGCAAGGUUUCCUCUCAAUGGCCGAAAAUCAAGAUGUAAAAAUUCAGCAACUCAGAAACAUGAGGGUGCGCACCGUGAGGGGCCAGAGUUACCUCUGCCGAUCAGGAGCUAAAUUUCACGGAGCGAUGGAGCAGAAGUUCCUCUUAGUCGACUGCCACACGGCAAUCUAUGGCUCGUACAGCUUCACUUGGUCGUAUGAGAAGAUCCACCUGAGCAUGGUGCAGGUCAUCAAAGGACAUCUGGUGAAGUGCUACGACGAGGAGUUUCGAACACUCUUUGCCAGGUCGAGUGUGCCGGCUGAACUGUGCCCCCCGGAGGGUUUGUUCCAACGCAACGGGCCAAACGGGCAACAGAUUUUACCAAACUCUGCACCAAAAAUUGAGCGCAGUGACCAGUUGAGGCACACUCUGGACACGGUCUACAGGAAGACUUGUGAGAGGAGACUGAGCACGAGAGACCCUGAGGAGAGGCUUUUUGAGGAGGACACUCACAAGCUGGGGGCCCUGGAUGGAUGGAGCGUUCAUAAACAGAUGUCCCCCCAGUUUCAGUCCACAGAAGCGAUGAACUACUUGAAAAGGCACAGCUACGCUGGAGAGAGACAAGAUGGAUGUCUGCCGCAGAACAUCAGGCCAAGAGCGAGCAACUGGAAUAUCUCUAAGGAAACAGGGAUAGCCCCAAACAACUACCCCAGGGACAAUUACUUCCAGAUGGGACAGAACAGAGGUCAGAACAUACAUCAGACAUACAAUUGCAACGACAUACAGGUUCAGUCCAUGCAGCCGAACAUGCCAACACUGGAGAAUACUUCCAAGUCAUUCAUGCGCUCACUGAGAAUUGAGUCCUACCUCAACAACCCCGACGUCUCAUUCGGAAACUCUUGUGACUAUUUAGACCAGUUUGACCCGCUGGACAAAGCUAGUACCUUCAUGCAGGGAAGAAUGAGGUCUUCCCUUGUUCUCAGGUCCACCAUCCCAGAGCAAAUGGAGCCAAACAGACACGGCCUCAACUCCUCGGGAGCACCGAACGCACCUUUGCACUACUCAUCCAUGCAGUGGAGUCCGACUGCAGCAGCUGAAAACAGAAUGGGUAACGAGGAGUUCAUGUUAAAGAGGCAAAGUCUCCAGAUUUUGGAUGAUGGUCAGAAUAACACAGGUUACAGUCCAGGUAGAAACUCUUACCAAGCUAUGUACACUAGCCUGGGCAGACCUAAAGGUGGACACAUGAUGACAAACCCUGACAUCCUGACAGAUAGCUGGCAGAAAAGACACAGUGUGGCAGAUCCGAGAUCAAACACUGAGUACGCACAUGACUCCCCAGGUCAGUUAUAUGGAGCGUAUGCAAGGAUGCAUGUAAACAGAAGCACAGCGGGGAUCAGUGCACAGAAUGGAGGAUUUGGGACGAAUCUGAACGAAGAUCAGAGGUCUGUCUCUCAUUAUGACGUCAAGAGCAUCACGGGCCCAAAGAGCCCGAGUAGUCCCAUCUGGCAGGAGCCACCAACCAGGACUGUGUCCACUGCAGCCCUGGUUGAAAAUGACAAAGACCUGACAGCUAAAUCAAGUCACGGGGGCUCUCAGCAUUUCCUAAAAAAGAGUACGAAGAAAAUCAAAUCCCUACUGAACAUACCGGAGAAAAAAGAGGAUUCGGUUAGUGCCAUGGAAGCAUCAAGUAUGAAGUCAAGCACCAGUACGGACACCCUAACAGCUGAGGAUGAGGAGAGGACAUCAGACAGGCGAGGAAAUCUCUGCCAAAGAACAGCCAUCACCGUCAGGUCUUCCUCAGAGCGCCUCAGGAACCGGAUAGAUGAGCACUACUUUCAAUCUUCAAAACCUCGUUUCGGAAUUGAGGAGCACCAAAUUCCAUUGCAGAGAAACACUGUGAAACCCAGCGCACUUGACCAAAGCCAGAGGCCCAGCAUCGAAGCGGCAAGCAGGAGCAAAGAUCGAGGCGGCGACAAACGCAUUUACAGCAGAUACGAGUCUUUGUACUCCAGUGAAAAGAAACAGCCCAUACACCCGGCACGUAGCUUUGGAUCCACGCGCUCUCAGGAGAAAACCACAGUCCUUCCCAAAGGUGAGGCAUCUAUUGAACACAAUCUCACCCGGGCUGCACGAGGGCACCAUGAAAAUAAGCUGGAGAAAUUCUUUCAUAGGAUGGGAAAUCUCAUAACCAAGACAAAGUAGAGACAUCUGCAUUAGCAUGCCACCGAUGCUACACAGAUCACUUAGCUCACUUAGCACUGGUGCACAUUUGACAGGGAAUGUUUAUAUUUGCAGAGUUGGUCUUCAUUUGAGUGUUAGGUUUGUUUGUUUUUUGGCAAAUACUGUUUACAUUUCUACUUCGGCUUAUUUCAUUGUGUACAAAAAGCACUGAUGAACUCUCCACUAAAAGGAGAUUUAUUUUCUACGAAUACGAGCAGCAGACCCUCAAUGACAGAAUUUUGAAAUACCACGUUCAAGCUGCCUUUGUGUCUGUGUUCCACGGGCGUCAUCCUGAAGCGAUAAAUCCGGACGCUGUCAACAAAUGCUGCUGUUGCGCCAGGUUGUGUUCGCGACAUGUCAGAGAUGUAUAUCAUGUAUUGCUGUAGGCUGUAGGUGUGUGCACAUGCCAAAGUGUUGUUGCUUGUAUGUUCCCUGGAAGUCGUGGUGAAUUGUUUUCAUAUGCGAGCCAACAACCACUCAAACGUGAUGAAACACACACAAAUACGUCAACAUGUCUUAUUUAUGUUUCAGGCAGAAGAUUUAUGAACGCUGUGCGGGUUGCAAUAGUUUUGUAAAUAAAUGUUGUGUCUCCAGAAUACAUUUUUGUGCCAUUUUCAAUUUCAGGAGAAUCCAAGAACACGUCUCGGAUUAAUGUAAAUCUUUCGCGAGCUGUGUGACUUCUUUUGAAAGAACAUACAGUGGUGACUUUCCUCGGCGAACGGCUUCAUCCAUCACAUGAUGUUAUGGAUAGUUUGUAGUUUGUGGACAAUUAUUUUUAGCCAAAAUGUGAUUGCUUCCUAACCCUAACCAACUGGUUUCUGUACUCACACCUAAGCAGAGAGUAAGCACAGCACUGUCACAAGAUACAAGUGAAAAAAUGAUAACAUGAAAUGAUGUGUUUCUAUAUGACAUCUAUCUACCGAUGAACCAUGUAGAUACCUACUUUCUAGUGGAGUUCAGCCAAAGCUUAGGACAAUUCUAACGAAUGGAAGUGACAAAUAGCAAAGAUGCAACAGAUUUAAGAGCAAUUUGCCAUUCUUCCACUUUCAGGUAGUAAUGGCACAAGGAUUAAUCUACAGCUACCAAUGUUUGUGCCUGUGAUGCAGUAUUUAAAUGAGUCAUGAUUUAGGUGGAACUGGCCAUUUUGCCAUUUAAUUUUUUACUGAAAAAUAUAUUCAAAUUAUGAUGUAAUUCUUCUGGGCUCUGUACCAAACAACCCUGAUCCUCUUACUUCUGGAGAAAUUAAAGAUCUGUAGGUUCAUUGUGUAUAUAAUCAUUUAUAAUAGUAUGUUGUGACACACCACUAUUUGGAUAUUGCAUUAAGCCACAUUGUGAUUUAGACAAUAUUUUAAUUAAUUGUGGCACUCUAUAGGGAUGUCUAUUUGCACUUCACAAGAUAUUAACACAAUGGGAUUUUUGAUAAAUAAAAAAAUGGUAAAGUGGGCAGAAGUACAAAGUUGUUAAAGGUAAGUAUUACACGAGUAGAGUCUGGUAUGUUCAGUAAGAAAAAAAAAGUCAUGGAUCCUUUAAAACCAGGAAGAGAUAAGAGAUAAGAAAACAAUCACUUUUAUGAUA